AUGACCACUCCGGGCACCACGGCGAUGUUCGCCGGCCUUGCCAUCUUGCUGUUCUCCGUCAGCGCCGGAUUCAACUCCGGCGCCGACGGAUUCGGCUUGCUACUCUGCUUCGCGGGGGUUCUCGCGGGCGCCAACAUCGUCGCCGUCGGCAUCCUGGCGCCCGUCGUCCCGGCGGUGUUGGCCGCGGCGCGUGCUCUCGCAGAGUUCAUUCGUCGCAACCUCGCCGUCGUGGGGCUCGUGAUGGCUUCCUGCGCCGUCACCGCGAUCUCCGGCGAAGCAGGCCAGGUGCUCUGCUUCGGCAUGUUUGCUCUGCUCCUCCUCGGCCUCUCCCUGAUCAGCGUUGGGAUUCUUGGCCUCUCCCAGAUGCAUUGAUGCUCGUAACGACCUCCAAUGGAAGAAUCACAAUCACUACUACUGCUACUGUGUGCUUGCUGAUGUUGAAUCAUUCUCAUGCCGUGUGGGCUCAAACAAUAAA